AUGCUUUCCGAAUGCAGCUCGUUUUUGAAGGGUGUGGUGCUGGGGAGUGUCACCUUUGCCUUGAUCACGAUGCUAGGACACAUAAGGAUUGGUCACAGAAUUGGGAGGCACCAACACGAACAUCACCACCUUCAAGCUCCUAACAAGGAAGAUGUCUUGGAAAUGUCAGCAGCUGAACGCACGGAAGUCAACAAGAGCUUCCGUGUGUACUGUAUCAUUCUCGUAACACCCAAAGAGCUGAGACUGUGGGCGGCAGUGAAGGAAACUUGGGUCAAACACUGUGACAAAGCAGAGUUCUUCAGUUCUGAAUAUGUUAACGUAUUUGAGUCAGUUACCGUGGGCGAGAAUGACAAGUGGUUGAUGAUGAGAAAAGCUUACAUAUAUGCCUUUGAUAAAUACAAGGACCAGUAUAACUGGUUCUUUCUCGCAUAUCCUACUACAUUUGCUGUUAUUGAAAAUUUAAAGUAUUUUUUGCUAAGAAAAGAUUCAUCACAGCCUUUCUAUCUGGGCCACACUGAAAAUAGCAAUGGCCUUGAGUAUGUGAGUGUGAAGGGGGGAAUUGUCUUAAGCAUAGAGUCAAUGCGAAGACUUGCCAGCAUGCUCAGUUCCCCUCAACGGUGUCCCAAAGAGGGAAUAGUGAUCUGGAAGGUGUCCGAAGAUCAGCAACUAGCAGGUUGUCUGAAGACUGGGGGAGUGUUCGCAGAAAAUGCUGAAGAUGCUGAAGGAAAAAAUUUAUUCAAUACAAAAACGAUUGGGAUGCUUAUAAAAGAGGCGAUGUCUGACUACCCAAACGAGAGAGUCGAAGGGUGCUGUUCUGAUAUGGCCAUUACUUUCAGUGGACUCUAUGCUGAUCAGUUGCAUGUGCUGAUGUAUGGGGUGUACCGUCUUAGGGCAUUUGGACAUACUUUCAGUGAUGCAUUGUUUUUUUUACCUCCACAAGGUUCUGACAAUGACUGA